AUGUCUUCAUCUGCCGUAAAACUCGGCGGCGGCGAAGCGGAGUGUCAGUCUCCCGGACCACGCGGGACAGCCCAGCUGCAGAGUAAUCUGGCGGUCGACAGGGAAUUUCGUGGCAACGAGUUACCAUGUCUAUCUGCGUCCACCGUGACAGCCUUCGUCAGCAUGUCUGGUCCGGCGAUGUCAUGGUGGGCGUUGUUCCAGUAUGGGGGACGACGCAAGGCGGAUGCUUCGUACGAACUCGCGGGUACCUCUGGCUCGACGAACGGAGGUGACGUGGAAGUGGGGGCGUGCAAGACACAGCCGGAAGUUGAAUCAGCUGGAGGCGUGACAAUGAGUGGAAAAUCAGCGUCAUACGAGAGCCUUGAUCCCCUCCGCAUACCUGACACGUCGAAUCGUCGCGGUCGUGGCGCAGACGAGAGCACCUGCUUGGAGUCGGGAUCAAUUCUAGACAGCCUGUCGCACACGAUACCGGAGAAGAAGAAGUCGGGGUUUUGGUGGACAGGGGUUAUCAUUUUGAAGUCGUUCAUAGGCGGCGGCUUCCUGUUUCUCCCUCACGUUUUUAUGCGAGGAGGCCUCAUCCUGUCUUUCAUCACCUUUUUCCUGGGCUUCGCGAUGGCUCUUUACUGUAUGAUUCUUCUCGUUCGGUGCUGCAAGCCAGGCCUCGUUGAAUGCUAUGAAGAUAUUGCGGAGCUGACGUACGGCCCCUGGGGAGGUCGCGCAGUGGAGGUUUGUAUCGUCGCUUCUCAGUUGUCUUUUUCGACCGUGAAUAUGGUUGUGGUAGCAGGGAAUCUACGAGAUGUGAUCUGGACAGCGAGCGACUGUGAUCCAAACUUUGAAAUCCCGACACGCGUACUCCUUUGGGCAGGAGCACUUAUAUACGUACCGCUGUGCCUUCUAACACGCAUGAGGCAGCUUGCCCCCGUCGCACUGGUUGCUAAUAUUGGAACAGGAGUGGGGAUAAUUAUGCUGCUCGCCGCCGUCGGCGUGGAGCUCGGCUCCAAAAAGGAAAUUGCGCAGGUGACAUUCUGCGACUGGCAGAGCUUUCCGCUCGUGCUUGGCACGGUAAUCUACAUGUGGGAAGGUACUGGCCUCGUGCUUCCUAUCCGGCACAACGCGAAGAGGCAUGUACAGGAGCAUUUUUCUCAGGUUCUGUCAGUGUGCUUGGGAGCUCUCCUGGUGACCUAUUCAAGCUACGUCCUCUUCACGAAUUUCACAUUUGGCACGCUUUUAGAAGCAGUCAUCCUCUCCAAUCUACCAGCCAAUGGCCUUGGUCUCACUGUCCAGGCUAUCUUUGCUCUUGCUGUCAUGGCUACAGUGCCGCUGAUGAUGUUCCCAGCCUCCGAGAUUGUGGAGAGCAGGGUUCUCUCUCGCUUUCAGUGCUCCACUCCGCCGUCCGCAGCAGUUGCGUCCAGCGCCCUGAGGACAUGCCUGGUGAUUCUGACGUUGGCGGUGGCGACAGGAGGGUUACAUCAAAUUGAUAACUUCGUUGCUCUUAUUGGCGGAGUUUGUGGGGCCCCUUUGACCUUUGUUUUCCCGACCCUCCUUUAUCUAAAGCUGUUUCCUGAUGAACCGAUACUAUGGCGAGUUUUCCACUAUGCCAUUGUCGUCGGGGGCGUGGGGGUGCAGGUCUUUUCCCUCUACUGGGCGAUCAAGUCUUGGAGCGGUACUGAGGAGUUCGUAGCGCGCUGUACAGCAUAG